AGAGAAAUGUACGUUUGUGCAGAGGUUACUGACUUUUAGAAAAGCAGUUUCUUCGUGUUCUUUCUGGAAAACUACUAUUCUUGUUUAACAGACAGUUACUUUCUGUAAAACAUGUGUAUAGUCGUGAUGAAAUCAACAGAAAACUCUCACGAAAUGCUAGCGUUUUAUGCAGAGCUAGACGACGCCCCUCUCAUUUCUGCGUUGACGGUUGAGCUGCGCAGCUCGGGUGCGCAUUAGCAACGCAGUGAGCUGACUCAGUGUUACCAGCGCUCUCGAGCAGGGUGGACGUUAACAAAGUUGCGACCUCAGCGCUCUCUGCCGGGUUGGACGUCAUAACGUAGCAACCGCACGGGCUCGCCGACAGCCUCCUCUUCUGCGUCCCGAAGUAUCGAGUUGCACCGGAGGAUCUCCCCAACCGAAACUCUCAACAUCCAGAAACCAGGCUGGCGGGGUACAACGAUCUUUUAGUUUGGACUGCCCAUAUGCCCGACAUGCAGGCGGGUGAGGACGGCGGCUCGUUCUGGGAGCCGGGCAACUACAGCAGCACAACACAGCGCAUCGCAGACGGUCGCCGUCUGUGUAAGGACCUGGUGGCUCUCGUUAAGGAGAGGGCGGACAUCGAGAAAGCCUACGCCAAGGAUCUACAAGGCUGGGCCAAGAAGUGGAGUGAUCUCGUCGAUAAAGGGCCUGAGUAUGGGACCACAGAGGCACUGUGGAAAGGCAUUCUGAUGGAAGCAGAAAAACUGGGCGACUUGCACAUGAAAAUCAAAGACAAGCUCUGUAAUGAGGUAGUAAAGGAGGUAAAAGAUUGGAAAAAGGAGUCGUAUCACAAGUCUAUGAUGCAAAUAAAGGAAAAGAAAGAAAUGGAAGAUGCUUUUAAAAACGCCCAGAAGCCCUGGGAGAAAUUAUUUUACAAAGUGGAUAUAGCUAAAAUCGACUAUCAUAUAGCAUUCAGAAACGAACGCUCUGUUUUUAACCAGCUGAGAAAUGCUUUUGCUGAUACUGACUUGUCGCUGAGCCAGGUGAGAAAGAUACAGGAUCGCUCAAUACAGUCAAGAGAGAACUUACGUAAAGCAAAAGGAAAAUAUGAAGCAGCUCUUCGUGAUUUACACUUGUAUAAUCCCAAAUACAUUGAAGAUAUGACAGCUGUUUUUGAAAAAUGCCAAGAAAUGGAGGGAGAGAGGUUGAAGUUCUUCAAAAAGAUAAUGUCUUCCGUUCACAAAUGCUUGGAUUUAUCUCAAGAUCCUACUUUCCUGCAGAUAUAUGCAGAAUUUUAUGAGGCAGUUGAUAAAGCUAAUCCCGAGGGAGACCUACAGUGGUGGUCAAAAAACCGUGGAACUCACAUGGCUAUGAAGUGGCCAACUUUUGAGGAAUACAAAGAACAUUGUAGGGAAAUCGUAAAACGCAAAUCAAAGACUGAGGUAGCUCCUGGAACUACUCUUACAAACUGGAGAUCUGUUGGAGAAGAUGCUUACGAAUCCACUACACGUAGCAAGAAAAACGAAAUGUCUCCACCAGACCAAACUGAUAACAACGACCAAAAUACUGCCACAGCAAAGGGAAACAUUAAAAAGGCUUCUUGUGGCUUUUUGAAAGAAACGAUAAUAAGAACAAAUCCAUUUGAGGAUGAUGAAAGUGAUAACAGCACUAGCGUAACAUAUAUUGACUGUGGAGACUAUGGAAUUCCAGUGAGAGCACUUUAUGACUAUGAAGCGACAGAAGCAGAUGAACUAAAUCUUAAAGAAGGAGACAUAUUUGAGAAGCUUGAGGAUCAAGAUGAGCAAGGAUGGUGCAAGGGGCGCAAAGAUGGACGUAUUGGGCUGUAUCCUGCAAAUUAUGUAGAGCUCGUGGAACACGUGGAACAAGAGGAACACAUGGAACUCCUGAAACACGUGGAACAAUAGGCACAGUCCUGAAUCUGUAACCAGCUCGCUCAUCUUCUUCCAGUUUUUGUAUCAUGAGCUGGUGCCAUCAUUUUUCGUCUCUUCACACCUUCAGAAGAUUCAAUUAGAAAUUAAACAAAAAAUUCUCUUGUUCUCUCGUGACUAAAAAGUCAGUGAGGUGGUGUAAUUUUUUUCUUGUUUUAGAAGGCAUGGAACCAUUUUUUUUUAAUCCUAACUGAGAACAUAAAGACUGACGUGAGUGUUAAAAUGAUUGGAUCGCCGCCAGUAAUUUCGUGGCUAUUAUUGACGAGCUGUUUCUUGUGUAUGAACAGGAAGUGUUAUCAGUAUUAGAACACAGUUGUGUAUUCUGCCAAAGACAGUUGACCAGUGCCUUAUAUGUUCGGACAAAUUGCUUUCAUUGUUUCUACUGUAUUGCUUAGUUCAUGAUUUGUAUUUUACUCGUAUCGUACUGUGAUAUAUGACUAUUUGUAUUAAUGUUAUUUUCUGUUUUAUUAAUAAAAUGAGGAUACAAAA